AAAAAAGUCUUGAUUGAAGUUCUGCGUGAAAAAAAUCAAAGUAAAUAAAAUAAUGGACGAAGAUAAAAAGAAAACUGAAAGAAAAAUAAAAAGAUUUGCUGCUCGUUUCAAGAGUUCUAGACAAAUAAAUUGCACAGAAAACCCUGGACCCCAUAUAAUAUUGUGUAAUGCUGGCCAAGCAACAGGGUUGGAGAAAAGUGCAAUAACAAGCUUGAUAGCUAACUUAAAAAGUGAUAUUGAACUCCCAAAGUUCAUAGCAGAGAAAGGAGAGACGCAUUCAUUUCUCGCCUUCAACUCUAUUGAGAGUGCAGUAUUAUUCCACAACACGUACAAUGGCAAAGCGAAAAUAGAUACUAAUGGGACACCACUGUAUAUGAGUUAUGUUGAGAAUGUUCCUGAUACCGAGAUAAUCUGUUCUCAUGAAAAUCCAAAAGGUUUGAUCUUAUUAAAUGACUUUAUAACAAUAGAAGAGGAGAAAACAUUCUUGAAAAUAUUUGAUUGGGACGAGAACAUUGAUUCAAGUACCCUAAAGAACCGGCAAGUAAAGCAUUAUGGCUACGAAUUUAGAUAUGGGACCAAUGAUGUCGAUUUAAGCUCUCCAUUAAUUGAGAAGAUUCCGGAAGAAUGUGACGUGUUGUGGAGGAGACUGAGGAAACAUGGAAUUGAUGUGGGCAUCCCCAAUCAACUGACGGUCAACAAGUAUGCACCUGGUCAUGGGAUACCAUCACAUGUAGAUAAACACAGUCCAUUUUGCGAUACAAUUUUGUCACUGUCCCUUGGCUCGUCAGUAGUUAUGGACUGGAAACACCCUACAGGCAAAUAUGUGCCAGUUUUAGUUGAUAGGAGAUCUAUGCUAGUGAUGCAAGAUGAAGCUAGGUAUGAUUGGCAACAUGGCAUCCAAUCCAGAACAUGGGAUCCUGUCAUUGAGAACCGUACAGUAACUUCUGAUGAUACGCAAAAAGUGGUUAAAGUCAUCACAAACGACACGCGAGCGCGCCAAACGAGGAUAUCGCUGACUUUCCGGUGGACUAGGAGUGGCCCUUGUGAAUGUAAAUAUAAGACGUUGUGUGAUAGUGUAGAGAAAGGGUCUGAAAAUAUUGAGGAUGAGGUGGCCUCAAAUCUAGAAGAGUUGCAUGUCCAUCAGGUAUACGAACAAAUAGCGGGCCACUUCAGUACUACGCGACACAAGCCGUGGCCUAAAGUGGUAGAGUUUAUGGCGCGCGUGCCACCGGGCGCUAUCGUGCUUGAUCUGGGAGCAGGAAAUGGGAAAAAUAUACUGAAGAGAGACGACAUUUUGCAAAUAGCCGGCGAGCGCAGCUGUGGCCUUCUAUCAGAAUGCAAGACGCACAUACAAAGUAUCGCUGGUGCAGAUUGCGUGCGGCUGGAUUUGUUGAACACGAAUUUAGCUGAUGCGUGUGCUGACGUUAUCAUCUGCAUUGCUGUGAUACACCAUUUCAGCAGUAAGGCCAGAAGAUUGCAAGCCAUUUCGACAAUAUGCCGUCUGCUUCGGCCUGAAGGACGGGCGUUGAUCACUGUCUGGGCAAAGGACCAGACUAAAUCAAACUAUCUGUGCAAGAAUAAAAGCCAUGAGCCCACGGAAGAACAACGAAUGACCGUCGGAGGGGUGAACCUCCCGGUCCACGAAAACAGAACCCAGUUCAAACAUAACGAUUUGUUAGUCCCGUGGAAGCUUCGACAAAUUAAAGAAAACAAACUAUCAAAUCAACCCGAAAACACCCUUUUACGGUAUUAUCAUGUCUUCGAAGAAGGUGAGCUUGAUAAUCUUUGUAAAGAAUUUCCAUUGGAAGUAGAAAAAAGUUUCUAUGAAGAGGGAAAUUGGUGUGUGGUAUGUAAAAAAAUAAACGUUUCAACGUAACA